AAAACCCGUUUGUGCUAUUGUCUGCGGCAUUUUUCUUGAUAAUAAAUAUUCAUAGGACGUUAUAUCUUUAGAUACAAUUCAGUUUGUCAACAAUUCGCGCGAAACUCACAGAAAAACAGAAAUCACAGAAAAACAUGUAAGUCUCAUCUCGAUGCCUGUCGAACAAUUGCCGAGUGUACAUCUCUGCUGAGAAUAGCGAGUCCUAUCAUAAAUAUAUUAAGAUGCCGAGUUCCAAGUACAUUACUUUUAAAUUGAUAUUACAAAUAAGGUGUCAAUUGUCGUGAAUUAAAUAAAAGUGUCAGCAUGGAGGACAGUACUUUGCUACAAUAUUUCGCACCGCAGACGCCUGAUUAUUAUGAUACUUUCUUCAAUCCGAAUAUUUGUCACGUUUGCAAAACGACCAGUGAUACUUUGAUGCCUUGUAAUCGGUGUAACAUGAUAUUUUACUGCGACACGGAGCAUAGACAGUUCGACGAGCCGUAUCAUACGCAGAUCUGCGGAAUCAUAACAACACUUUCAACAGAGGCGCCGCAACGUGAUGUGCGCCAAUUAAAUAUGAACGAAUGGCUAGAAGCAAAGAAAAUAUAUUACUGGUUAGUAAUGAAGACGCUUCCACGUCUAUUAAAGCCGCACGAAAUCCAAAUGUUCCAGUUUGCAAGAUCAUGUCUAAUUUGUCAUCAAGAAACGAAUCUAUACACUUGCUCGUCAUGUUAUUCCGUAAAUUAUUGUACUGAACAUGCAGACUCGUAUAUACGCACUCAUUAUCAAAGUUCGACUUGCAAGCAGCUGUUGUUAUGUCUCAAUUUAGAUAUCCAGCAAACGAUGUUAAGUAAUGUUACUACAUCGUUGAAAUUACACACGAUUAAUUCCAAAAGUCUGCUUACUAAUAUGGAAACAUUUAUUAAUCAAUAUGUGAAUCUAAAUCAAGUAUGGGGGUUUAAGGAAUAUUACUAUUCCGAUUAUGUAUCAGCACCGCUGACUCUGUUUUAUGGAAUGAUGCAUGCAAAAUUGUUAGAUUUUCUCGAAGUACAAAGUCCUGUAUGUGUUAUUCAUAUAAUAGCUGCGAACAAUUUAGAUAAGGAAUAUUUGCCAGCUUGGGAACUUCUGCUGCAUCUUAAUCCUGAUCUAGAAGAACUAACAGUUGUACUGAUAGGAAUAGAAUUAUGUACCGAACACUGGAGUAUCGAUCUUUGUUCAGAUUUCAAAUAGAUUUCGACGCUGGGGAGAUAUGGGAGGAAACUAUUUUGACAUUAUGUAAGCAAUCCUGUCCGUUAUUAUUAACUGCCAAAUCGAAAUGUAAAGCGGAUGAGAACAUAAACAGAAUACAAAACUGUACACAACGUACAGACUUAUAC